GGUUACACUUCAUACUGAUUCGUACUCAAACCAUCAUUCGUCUCUGACUCCAUUUAUUAGUUUGCGCUAACAUUCUUUCGAAUUCUAUGUCCCAAGACAUAUUAAAAAAUGCUGUCCAUUCUCAACGUGUUCGUUUCCUGUACAAAUUUAUACUUACUUUGCAUCGUUCACUGCCUUCGCAUUUACGGGAAAUUGGUGACAAAUAUGUGAAAACAGAAUUCAAGAAGCAUAAGGAUGUCAAACCCGAAUUUGUUCAACCAUUCAUGGUUGAAUGGACAAAAUAUGCAGUUGAAUUAUCAAUGCAAAUUCAACAAUCAAUACGAAAUUCGAAUAAUAAAAUUGGCGCAAAGGAUGAAAUUAAAAUGAACAAGGAAGAAGCGCUUGGUAAACCAUUGGAUGAAGCUUUAUUGAAUUAUUUUUCUGAAACACAACUUAAUCAGCUAUUAGCUUUAGCUAAAGAAAUUCAUGAUGAAAAUCAUAAACCAUUAGAAAAGUAGUCGAAAAAUGAUCAACUAAUACAAAUGAACUUUACUACAAUGUGUUGCGAACUAUAUCAAUAAAAUGUAGCG